UUUAUCUGAUAAUGUGAUUUCAGAUUUUCAGAUUUUACAUUGAUUUAUUUCAUCUCUUACACGUUUAUUACUGUAAGGAUUCGAUUCGAGUAGCGAUUAUGGCAUUUUCAUUCGGUACGGCCACCGGACAAAGCAAAGGGUUUUCAUUUGGAACUCCCAGUGCUGCCAGUACCACAGCCACAACAGGUCUGACCCUCGGAGCAGCGGCGACAAGUGCGGUUAAGCCAGCCGCAGGUUUUGGAAGCGGAGGCUUUUCGUUUGGGACAAGUGCAACAGCAACUCCCGCCACAUCGACAGGCUCCACGUUUGGGCUUGGGGGUUUAGGUAAGGGUACAACAACUGCUUCCACUGGCUUCAACUUUGGCAAGACCACAACCACUGCACCAACCCUAGGUGGACUGCUAGGAGGUACCACAGCAACCACAUCUGCUGCAACAAGUUUUGGAUUCAGUGGACUUGGAACAGGACUUGGAACAGGCCUGACAACAAGCACCGCCACAACAACAGGCCUUUCAGUUGGACCAGUUUUUGCCAACACUACUCAGCCAUCUACAAAAGGUUUGGGAGGGACUGACCCACAAACUAAAACAUCAAGUACAGGCAAUGGGACAAGCAAUGGCAAGUCAACCGACAGUAAAGCCAUCAAGGAGACUAAUGUACCUAAUGAAAUCGCUCAAACAGUUGCGGACUUCAAGAAACAUGUCAAGAGCCAGAAAUCAGUGAGGGAGGACAUCUCACGUUUAUCCUCCAAACCCAUCUUCAAGGUGCAAGAAGACGUACAGACACUCCGGCAAAUGAUCUCCAUCGUUUCAAAUGGUUUACAGCGGAAUGCUGGUGCGAUUGAGAAACUGAAAAUGGAGACGUCGCAGGAGUUGAAGAAUGUGGAGAUCUCGCAGCGAACCAAGGAUACCCCUCCUGGUUUACAGUAUGAGAACACGGCACCCAUAGAAUAUUUCCAACGCAUCGUCGAAGAUUUUGAACAGAGCAUGAUCCAGUAUCGGCAGCAGAUAGAGAACGUAGAGAAUCACUUUGUCACGUUGAACCAACCAGGGAUAAUCUCACUACAAGAUCUGACAAUGCUUUUACGAAAACUCCAUGAGACAUUCAUUGCAUUUGCUGCUCAGUUGCAGGCCGUACAUGAAGCAGUCAAGGUCCAAAAAGAACACUACUUGAACUACAAAAAAGUCUUUCAUGGGGACUCGACCAAUGUAUUUGAUGUGCGACAUAAAGCUAUCUUAAAGGCUGCAGAGAGACCAACAGCACGAGUCGGCCCGACACCGUUCUCUGGACUGACUAACGCUGCUGCAGUCGCCAUGGCAACAGCUUUAAAUAGAGGACAACAGCCAGCAGGGGCUCCACCAACUGUUGGGCUGUUAGCAGCUCAGACAACACAAGCACCGACUUUAGGAGCUGGAUUAACUUUUGGUGCAGCUACCACUGCUCCGUCAACUGGAUUUUCUUUUGGAACGCCAGCCGCGCAGACACCAGCAUUUGGAUUCGGGACACCUGUUUCAACAGCAUUUGCCACCUCCUCACCAUUCCAGUUACAGAAGCCGCCUGCAGGAAGUAAAAGAGGAAAGAAAAAUUAGUGCUUCAGUUGUCCUGAGUUGUUUUCUUCGUUACUUUUGUGUUCGUAUUUGAUGGUGCAAACACUGAUUGGAGAAUAUACAGACAAUUUGAUCAGGAAAAAUGGAGUAAAGCUUGAGAACUGUGCAUUGAACACAAUGGAAGGGCUACCUUUCCUCCAUUUCUUGAAGUGAUAAAUGACCCCUGUCUUGUAAGAUUGAUGGCAUAUUUCAUUUUGACAGUAUGAAUUACUUUUAAUA